AUGGAUUCUGAGUUAAAAUCUAGUUUAAAGAAACAUUUUAAAAAUGAUUCUAUGGUCAUCAUAGAUUUGGAUGCUCUUCACAGCAAGUACACAGGUCUUUUCGCAUCCUUACACACUUCACCCUUUGGCAUAUCCCUAAACAUCUCAGGAACGGUGCCGUAUAUGUUUUCCGGUUUCGUUUACAAGGCUCCGAUACUGAUUAAGAUACCUAAGGACUAUCCUUUUUCUGCUCCCAUGAUAUCCGUUGUUCCAAGCCAAGAGAUAAAAAUAGUUAAAAAUCACCCAAAUGUAGACCGUAAGGGUAACGUUAGUCUAGAUUACCUGGAUAAGUGGCAUCACACUAGCAAAUUGGUACAUGCUGUUGACUCGUUGUGUAAGACUUUUAACAUGAUGUCGCCCAUUUAUACAUCAUCCACAAGGCCCAUAUUAGCUGAAAAAAGGGCAGAUGUUGAAGUUACGGACCAAGCAAUUCCUGAUAAUCUUGUCGCCAAAUAUAGGCUUUCAGACAGGGACAGAAAACUGGUGGAGUACGCGUACAAGAACAUUUUAACGAAUUUAAAGAGUAAUCGACCUAAGAUUAUUAAACAGUACAAUUAUGACAUGGACAAGUACGAACUUCAUAGGAGAAUGCUCAUGAAUUGGGUGUUUGCUCUUUUAGACUUGAAUAACGUGUGUCUGAAGCUCGAUCAAAUUGAGGAUACUCUUAACUCUGAGGUGAAAAAGGACGAAUUGAACCAGGUUGAAGAAAUGUACAAGGAGGUUGGGGAGUACACACGUACAAUAACUUCUGCAAAUCAACUGCUUCUUUCUAUCAAGGAGGGGUCAAACGUCAUAGACUUCAUUAAAUUCAAAGACACGAAUUCACAAAAGUAUCAACACCAACCAAUUAGUGAAACUACUACUUACCUUACUAUCCUCAUUCAGUCGCAUCACUAUUCAUUUACGCUGGUUUCACUUCCACUGACACUAAUCUUAAAUCACUCUGUUUAG